CUCCUGCACAAUCUGAAGAAGCUGAAGAAGAAGGAGUUGAAACAGUUUCAGAGCCAUCUGAGUCAGGAUUGCCCAGAAUGCCUUAAAAUUCUGUCUGAAGAUCCUUCUAUACUGGAUAGGUUUAUGAAGAUCAAUAAAUUAUUUGAGAGUCAUCAAAUUGCUGAUUACCCUGGAUGCAUUGAGAGAGAACAAGAAGAUUCUGAGGCUGUGUACACAGUUGAGAAGAUGCUGGAGACCUGUGGCAGUGAGAGGUCUCUGAAGAUCACACUCCACAUCCUGAGGAACAUGAAGCAGAAGGAUCUUGCCAACUCACUGGAGCGAGAUGAGCAGCUCAAUGAAUCCAUAAAAAGAGCCCAGCAGGCACUGAAAACUCAUCUGAAGAGGAAGUUUGAAUACAUAUUUGAAGGAUUAGCAAAACAGGACCACCCAACCCUCCUCAAAGAGAUCUAUACAGAGCUCUACAUCACAGAGGGGGAAAGUGGGGAGGUCAAUAAUGAACACGAGGUCAGACAGAUUGAGACAGCAUCCAAGAGUCAAACUACACAGGAGAAUGCAAUCCUCUGCAAUGACAUCUUUAAGCCUUUACCUGGACAAGAGAAACCCAUCAGAACUGUGCUUACAAAGGGCAUCGCUGGAAUUGGGAAAACCAUCUCUGUGCAGAAGUUCAUUCUGGACUGGACAGAAGGAAAUGCCAAUCAGGACGUUGAUUUCAUCUUCACCCUUCCUUUCCGAGAUCUGAACUUGAAGAAGAAAAGAGCAUUCAGUCUGAUGCAACUUCUGCAGCACUACUUUCCACAGCUGAAAGAGAUCAAAAGUGUUGAAGGUGAUCAAGUCAAAGUUUUAUUUAUCUUUGAUGGUCUGGAUGAGUGUCGACUUCCUCUACAUUUCCGAAGCAAUAAGAAGUGCUGUGAUAUAACAAAGUCAUCAUCAAUGGAUGUGCUGCUGACCAACCUCAUUAAGGGGAAUCUGCUUCCCUCUGCUCUCCUCUGGAUCACCUCCCGACCAGCAGCAGCCAAUCAGAUCCCUCCUGAGUGCGUCCACCAGGUGACAGAGGUACGAGGGUUCAAUGACCCACAGAAGGAGGAGUACUUCAGGAAGAGAAUCAGAGAACAGAACCAGGCCAGCAGAAUUAUCUCACACAUAAAGUCAUCCAGGAGUCUCUACAUCAUGUGUCACAUACCAGUCUUCUGCUGGAUUUCUGCUACUGUUCUGGAGACAAUGUUGGGUAAAGCAGAGAAUGGAGAUCUGCCCAAAACUCUGACUGAAAUGUACACACACUUCCUGCUAAUUCAGAAAAAUGUAAAGAAUCAGAAGUAUCAUAGCACUGAUGAGACAGACCCAAAGAAGAUGUCAGCAUCAAAUACAGAAAUCAUCCUGAAACUGGGGAAGCUGGCUUUUCGACAGCUGGAAAAGGGCAAUCUGAUAUUCUAUAAACAGGACCUGAGAGAGAGUGGCAUUGAUGUCAGUGAAGCUUCAGUGUACUCUGGGGUGUGCACAGAGAUCUUUAAAGAGGAGUGUGGGUUGUACCAGGAGAAGGUCUACUGCUUUGUGCAUCUGAGCAUUCAGGAGUAUCUGGCUGCCUUGUUUGUGUUUCAUUCAUGUGUAAAUGAGAACAGAAAUGUACUCAGAGCAGAAGAAUCAAAACCUCGCAGUGACAGAGUGCAGCUGUCUGAGUUACACAGGAGUGCAGUGGAUCAGGCCUUAAUGAGUAAGAAUGGACACCUGGACCUUUUCCUCCGAUUCCUUCUUGGCCUCUCUCUGGAGUCCAUUCAGACUCUUUUAGGAGGACUACUGACACAAACAGGAAGCAGAUCUGAUGGAGGAAGGCACAAAACAAACUCUGUUUUGACUCUCUUUAAAAGACUACAGUCACAGACAGGAAGCAGAUCACUUGCACCAGACGCUCAGGCACAGACAGAAAGAAUAUCACAGAACAUUAAUAAAACAAUUCAGUACAUUAAGGAGAGGAUCAGAGAGGAAUCAUCAGCAGAGAGGACCAUCAAUCUGUUCCACUGUCUUAAUGAACUGAAUGACAACUCUCUCGUGCAGGAAAUACAGAAUUCCCUGAGAUCAGGGAAACUUUCUGAUAAAAAGCUGGAACCAGACCAGUGUUCAGCGCUGGCCUUUGUGUUACUGACGUCAGAUGAGAUGCUGGAUGAGUUUGACUUGAAGACCUACAACACAUCAGCAGCAGGUCAUCAGAGACUGCUACCAGUAAUCAGGAACUGCAGGAAGGCCAUACUGAACAGCUGUGACCUCACAGAGAAGUCCUGUAAUAUUGUGGCCUCAGCUCUCCAGUCAUCAAACUCACCCCUGACAGAUCUGGACCUCAGCUACAAUAAACUGGGAGAUUCAGGAGUGGAGCUGCUCUGUGCUGGACUGAUGAGUCCAAACUGUAAACUACAGAGACUGGGACUGAACAGCUGUGACCUGACAGAGAAGUCCUGUGAUAUUGUGGCCUCAGCUCUCCAGUCAUCAAACUCACCCCUGAGAGAUCUGGACCUCAGCUACAAUAAUCUGGGAGAUUCAGGAGUGGAACUGCUCUGUGCUGGACUGAUGAGUCAAAACUGUAAACUACAGAGACUGGGGUGAGUAGUGCUGUGUACUGUGUGAUCU